UUGUAUCACACAAAUUUAAACUACUCACUUAAUUAAAUAUUUUCAUAAUACUACCUAAUUAAUAGCUUAAUCAACUUCAUUGCAAUGGCAUUCUCUAAGAUUCUCAUAUCUUGCUUUCUUCUAUUGCCUCUUGUUCUUCAAAUGGUACAAGCUCAACAAUACCCGCCUACUGGUGUGGUUAAUACUCCAACACCGGGUGCACCAAUAGAUUGUGAAGCAGCAUGUUUGGUAAGGUGCAGUAAGACAAAGAGGCCAAAUCUGUGCCGAAGGGCGUGUGGAAGUUGCUGUAAAAGGUGUAACUGCGUACCACCAGGCACUUACGGCAACUAUGAUGCUUGUCUUUGUUACGCUACUUUGACCACCAAAGGAGGCAGGAAAAAGUGCCCUUAAGUGAUCCAACUCGAGAAUUUCAAAUUGAAAUUGAUCAGUAAUAUAUCGCGAUUGAACACCUCUAUGUAAUACCUAGCUGGGAAUUAUGUUUGUUUUAAUUUUUAUGCUUGUUUUUUAUUUUAAUUAACUUAUAAAUAUUCUUCUUUACAAAACAUCAAUUAUGGGCAAUGCUUGUGUACUAUUUUGUUUUAUAUUUACAUUUGUAAUAUUUGUUUAAGUAAUAAAAACUAUAUUAUUGGUUUGUUCAUAAA